CUCUGGUGGGAAAACGUGAAACCCUGGGAGCCAUGGCAACCAGCAAAGCAUUCCUGAUGUUUCCUCUGAUUUUGGGAACCAUCUUCCUCAUCACGUUUUCCUACAAAUGGGAUUCAAGACAAAAAAAAAUCUCACAGACAAUUCCACAGCAGCAACAUGAGAGAAAAAUGCUCAUCAGAAAAAUGUGCAACGAAAAUAAAAAACUGGGUGUAAAAAUCACAGAAGACGGCAUUGAUAAGAACCUGAUAGUGGAUGACGCUCACAGAAUCAUCUACUGCUUCAUUCCCAAGGUGGCCUGCACCAACUGGAAGAGAAUCAUGUUUAUUCUGAGGCACGGAAAGCCGUAUCCUGAUCCCAUCACCAUCGAUCAGUCACUGGUCCACGGACACAAUAAAUUUAAGGUUUUGGAAAAUGUGGAGAUCCUGGAGAAACGGGAACAGCUGAAGAACUACACCAAGUUCCUGUUCGUCAGGGAUCCGUUUGUCCGCCUCAUCUCUGCUUACCGGGACAAGUUCCAGUACAAGCCGAUGAACGAAUACUUCUAUCAAAACUUUGGAAAGGUCAUGCUGAAGCGUUACGCCAACCAGUCUGACCCCCCAAAAACAAUGAAGGAAGCUUACGCGCUAAAGAAGCUGCCCUCGUUUCGCCACUUCAUUCAGUACCUACUGGAUCCCCAAACUGAGAAGAAGGAGCCGUUUGACAUCCACUGGAGGCAGAUGCAUCGCCUCUGCCACCCCUGCCUCAUAGACUAUGACUUCAUCGGCCAUCAGGAGACUCUUCAGGAGGACGCUGGAGUCCUGCUCAAGAUGUUAAAGCUGGAGGAUGACAUCCAGUUCCCUCCUUCUGAAAACAACAUGACCACCUCGGAUUCAGUCAGGGACUGGUUUAGACCGGUUCCCUCGGAGGACAGGAAGAGGCUGUACGAGCUUUACGAAAAAGACUUCAGGAUGUUCGGCUACAGAAAACCUGCGGAGCUGCUUGAUGAAUACAUGUCCUCCACAUUUUGGUAAAAAAAAAAAAAAAUUUUUACAGGACAUGCGCUGUUUAUUUAUCCAGGCAGGACAGAUUCAGAACAGCAUUCUUAAUUACAAAUGUGGCCCGUCAAAAAAAUUAAUAAAUAAAUAAAUUCAAUAGAAUGAGAAAGAAACACAUUCUAAAAUAUAAAAUCAUUUUAAUGAGUAACAACAGCAUUCAUCUUUAAAAUCGUCAUUAAGAUGUUUUUUUAAUAUGAAAUAAUAAUUUUCCUAUGUUGUUUUUUCAAUUGUAACCAAUGAGAUUUAAGUUUUCAUCUGCUUUUUGUUCAUCUUUUUUAAUAUUUUUAUUGGGCCUGGACUUUUACAAAACUGUGCAAUUAUAUCAGUGAUUUAAGUGCAUUUUUGAAUAAGGAGCCACAAAUGAGUCAGUCUGUUGGCUGGAAAAGUCACAAGUAAAUCUGGACUCACAACAACUUGAUAUUUUCUUCCAUCAAAAUGUCACAAACCGAAUUAAAUUCAUGGAAAGUAAUCGAUUUUUUACAGCAGUUAAAGUGAGCUUUUGGUAUUUUGCUAGAAUCUUUUAAGAAAUUGCUUUUCAACUAUUUUUUAUUGUGUUCUUAGUAUUUGUUUUUGAUGAUGAUUAAAUAAAAUUAAAAAUAAAAGCUCACAAUUAUUAUUUUUUUAUAUAUAAAUCAUCAAUUAGAAGUGGAUAAAAAAAGUUAGUUUUCAAAAAAGACAACUCUCUGCUCCGCUACACAAUGGGAAGAGGGGACGGCGUUGCUCCGCACCAACCGUCCCGUCCACAACUCGGAGGCAAAUUUCUAAUAAAUUACUGUUAAUCUAUGUCUUAGAAACAGAUUUAAAAAAAAAUUUAUGGCUAAAAGCGGCAUAAUGAUAAUCAAAAGACCAAUGGGAAGACUGUUACAAUAGAUCAAAAGAUGAUCCGAGUGGAUCUUUAAAUAUACUCUACAUUUAUUUUAAAUAUUUCUGGAAAACCUUCUGUCCUUAGAAGUGCAUCUUUAUUCUUCUGGUCAGAGUUUGUUGCUUCUCAGCUUGUGAAUUAAUUAUGAUGCAACAUCUAAAGCACACUUGAAAUCCUGAGCUUCACUUUAGAGAAGAGAAGAUUAUUCACUGAAGAAAGAAGAAAUAGCAAAAGACCAUAAAAAUGAUUUGUUCUGGCUUCUCUUGCAGAGACUUGACACCAUUACACAACCGAACAAUCCAUGUUUUAGCUCAUUAACUGAAUGUCCAGUUUGGGAUGCUCUUGUAAUCUAACAGCUAAACACUCAUAUUCAUUACUGGAGGGGUCUGCAACCUGAGACUCUGGAGCCGCAGGCGGCUCUUUUGUCUCGAUUGAUGCUCUUUAGCUCAUGGAAAUAAUGUUAAAAAAUAGUGUUUUUUUUCUUUGUUUUGAUUCAUUUGUUUUAGUGUUUAUUAAAUUUUGAUGUUUAAAUAUUUAACAUACCAAAUACCAGAGCAAAUGAUGGCAAAAUCUUCAAUCAACUAUUAUUAGAAUACAUUUAAAGCAUUCAUCUGCAAAGAAAAAAGUGACAAAAGUCAAAAUAAUAAAAAGUGUCAUCCUUGACUUUUUCUCAUACUUACUUUAAGUAAAUCUACUGCAACACUAGGAUCUGAUUUGAUGGUAUUUUAUUUUGAAAAAAACUUUUAUUCUGCCAACAGUAAAAUCCGAUUAAUUUGUUACACAGAGAAAUAAAAAAAUAUAUACUUAUGAUUAAAAAUAUUUAAAACUACAUUUUAAAAAUGAAUGAAAGAAUAAUUUUGGCUCUCACUGGGUUUUGGUCUGUAUGAGACAGUUAAAUGACCCGUGGAAGCAUGUUUUUGGACUGUGGGAGGAAGAAAACCCAUGGAUGCACAGGGAGAACAUGCAAACUCUGUCCCAGCCGGGAUCCAACCCACGGCCUUCUCACAGAGACCAGAGUGCUGACCACUACACCACCGUGCCCUCCUUCUUUCACUAUGUGUUUGGCGUUCUGUUUUUGCUUGUCCGCAAUAUUUCCAUAUACCCAAGCUGUUUUACCACAUUAGCAUAAUACCUUGUAACUGCUUUGAAUCACUGAAGCGAAUCACUGUUCAGCUCUGGGCAAACUGUAACUCUAAACCAAUGUAGUGAAGGGCGAAUCCCAUUAAUAAAUCACGACACGCCAAAACGUUGUAAAGAUCACAAUGACAAUUUAAAAAAGCGCUAAAUAUUAGAAAAAAAAAUGUUUAAAAAAAUCAUGUGGAAAACAAAAAUAAUUUUCAGAAAAUGAAAUGAAAUGAUAGAAAAACAAAACCCAAUGAGAAUCAGGAAAAGGAAGGUUUAAAAGGACAUCACUGAUUGGAUGUCAAAUAACUUUUAGUUAAAAUGACAGACAUAGUCAUCCAAUUGGGGUUUAAUAUAUAUAUAUAUAUUUUUUAAAGUCACCAUUCAAAUAACGUUGAUUUUUGUGCAUGUGUGCAUAUUCAUUCUGAGUUUUUCCAACAUCAAACGUCUCUUUGGGUCUCUUUCAGGGACUCCAGUGAUAGCCUGAAGGUCAGUUUUUGCUUCAGGGCUGAUUAUAAAACUCUGUUUCCUAAACCAACUGUAUCUCAAGCGGUUAUAUUUGGGGUUUUAUUAUCUGCCGGAUGGGCUGGAAAAGUGAUUCAUGCUCUUUUUUUCUGCUCUCUUUAUUUAAUCUCUGGCCACACUGUGAGAAAGACACAGACAAAAUACCUAUUUUGAAAUAUAACUUAUAAAAAUUCCAAUAAAAUAAUUUUUCAGUGUAAUCAUUCUUAUAAUAAUGUAAUUACAUAAGUAUUUGUUUUGUUGUUUUUAUCAUAAUUUGAGUCUUACAUUUGUAAAUGUGGGAUACAUUAAGAUCAUGAAGUUGUAACAAAAAUAAUAUCUGGCUCCCUCUGCUGGUUGCUGGGAAUAUUGCAGGUUAACUUUUGCUAUUUCAAUUCAGUUCAAACAAUUUUAUUUAUCCCAGAGGAGGAUUUAAUUUUUUUAAGGAGUUUGGCUAAAUUUAAAAGCUGAUGUGCUGCAAAGUCCCCAAAACUGAAAAAAAAGUAACAAAAAGAAAAAGAAAGGAUGAUCCUAAAAAUUAAUAUAACAAUUUCUUUGAACUUUCCUGUUUUAAUGAUACAAGCUGAACCAAAAAUGUCGGACAAAACAAUAUAUUUAAAAAUGAACCAUUGUCCACCAUGUAGAAGAUGUUAAUGUUAUCAAAUGUUGGUAAUAAAUUUCAUAAUUUUGCCUAUUUCUGAGCAUUGCUUUUACGUUAAGGUUUAAGUCUCAUUGGCAGAAAUGUAUUUUACUCCACGAGACGGGUGUAAAUUAUUGCAGCUGCUUAUUGAAACAAACUAUUUAGGCCUCAUUCACUUUCUUGGCUGGAUUAUUCUGGUUCCCGUGACGAUGCAGGAUGCUGUGGUGUUGACAAAAAGGGCUUGUUAAUCCUCUGAGAGUAAUGCUUUAGCCUCGCUGUAGAGCAAAUAAAUGUCACAUCAAUG